AUGAGGACAGGGAGUGGGAGGAUCUAUAAGAAGCUGCACAUUCUGUCUCGUCCUGCUCUGGAUGGGUCUGAUGCCCCUCGCGAGGAGGAGGAGGCAAGUUCUGCCACUGGAACGCCAAAUCUUUCCCCGAAGGACGAGGGAAGCAGCAACAACAUCCUGGCCUACAUGUCUGUUCUGGCUGCCGUGGUGCUGGGUCUGAUUGUUUACGUUGCUUAUAAAUGUUGGAGAUCCUGUAAACAGAAGAGGGCUCUCUCUAAGGCCCGUGCGGCUGAGUUGGGAGCAUCUCCAGAGGGAGAAAAGCUCCAAAGUGACAGCGGUGUUUUUCUGGACUCUCACAGCAUACAGGACAACCAGCCCAGCAAAGGUACCAAGAGGGACAGCAAGCAGGACAACCGUCUGUACAUUAACCUGCCCCCCCACAGACAGGAAGAGGUGGAGCGCCUCCUACAGGAGAGAGAGGGGCGGGGGUGGAGACAGCUGGGCGCCGCGCUGGGUUAUGAGCCUGAACAGCUGGACCUGUUUGGGCGUGGAGAGGCCCCCGCCCACACGCUCCUCUCUAACUGGGCCCAGAAAGAAGGCUCCUCUCUGGGACUGCUGUUCUCUGCUCUGGCCCGCAUUGAGAGGUCUGAUGUGGUCACAGCUCUUAACUCCCCCAUGCAAGGUGUUUCUGUGGUGUGA